AACACAAAUAGAUUAUGACCAAAGGAGCAGAAGAAGAAGAAACCAGUUUCAUAAUAUUUACUUUGGACGCAGUUUCGUUAGGGGCUGCACUUUUUUUAUUAUGGACUUGCUUCAUUUGGUUCGUUAAACUUGACCUUUGAAAUAUAAAUGGAGCACAGUUGAUAUAGAAAAAACAGCCGUAUCAGGGGCGGAGAGGCUGCAUUCCAGGGAUCUCCUAACUUUGAUCCUAAAGAACUGAGGCAUGUUUUCCACCAUGGAGGAAACUGCAGGUGGCUUUCUGAGCCUGUUCAACGUGGAAUUCAGUAGAACUUCUGUGACACUCACCUUGCUUCUUGUUUUCCUUUGCCUUUUUUACUGGUAUUCAGUCUAUCCCUUCUCGGUCCUCUCUCGUCAUGGAAUCAAACAUCCAAAGCCAGUGCCGUUUUUUGGCAACAUUUUCAUGUUUCGUGAGGGUUUUUUCAAACCUCUCACUGAUAUCAUAAACACACACGGCAGAGUUUGUGGGUAUUAUUUGGGCCGGAGACCCGUGGUGGUGAUAGCAGAUCCCGAUAUGCUCAGACAAGUGAUGGUUAAAGACUUCAGCAACUUCACCAACAGAAUUAAAUUUCGCUUUGCCACCAAGCCCACGACAGAUUCUCUGCACAUGUUGAGGAAUGAACAGUGGAAAAGAGUUCGGAGCAUCCUGACUCCAUCCUUUAGUGCUGCAAAGAUGAAAGAAAUGGCUCCCCUCAUCAACACAGCUGCUGAUGCACUGAUGAACAACCUGAAUGUCCACGCCGAGUCAGGAGAGGCCUUCGACAUCCAUAGGUGUUUUGGCUGCUUCACUAUGGACGUUAUUGCCAGUGUUGCUUUUGGCACCCAGGUGGAUUCACAGAACAACCCAGACGACCCGUUUGUCCGCCACGCCCAGCAGUUUUUUUCCUUCUCCUUCUUCAGACCUCUCAUGUUAUUUUUAAUUGCUUUUCCUGCCAUCUUCUCCCCUCUUGCAAGAUUCCUCCCAAAUAAAAGGCGAGACCAAAUGAACGGUUUCUUUAUCAACAUCAUUCAGAGGAUCAUAAAGCAAAGAGAGGAGCAGCCUCCUCAUCAGAGGCGUCGAGAUUUCCUUCAGCUGAUGUUAGACGCUCGAACAGGCCAGGAUAUUGCCUCCUUGGAGCACUUCAACACAGAAAAACAGACUGAUGAGAACGAUCACAGGAGUCAGCAGACACAACCAUCAGCCUCGGAGCUGGAAAACAGCCAUCCUCGCCCAGAGGAGUCACCCACAAAGCGGCCACAGAAAAAGAUGAUAACUGAGGAGGAGAUUGUGGGUCAGGCCUUCGUCUUCCUCUUGGCAGGUUAUGAAACCAGCAGCAACACGUUAGCCUUCACCUGCUACCUGCUGGCCCUCCAUCCUGAAUGUCAGCGCAAAGUCCAAGAGGAGGUGGAUGAGUUCUUCACAAGACAUGAAUCACCAGAUUACAUCAAUGUCCAGGAGCUGAAGUAUUUAGACAUGGUUGUAUCUGAAGCACUGAGGCUUUACCCUCCCGGGUUCAGAUUUGCACGAGAAGUUGACCAUGACUGUGUGGUGAAUGGUCAGUUCCUCCCUAAAGGGAUGACCGUGGAGAUCCCUGCUGGCUUCCUUCAUUACGACCCGGAGCACUGGUCCGAACCGGAGAAGUUCGUCCCGGAGAGGUUCACCCCUGAGGCAAAAGCUGAUCGACAUCCAUUCGUCUACCUGCCUUUUGGGGCCGGACCUCGUAACUGUGUGGGAAUGAGGCUCGCCCAGCUGGAGAUCAGAAUCGCUUUGGUCCAUUUGUUCCACAGAUUCAACAUCGUGGCCUGUUCUGAAACCAAGAUUCCUCUUGACCUGAAGUCUUCCAGCACUCUUGGACCCCAAAAUGGCAUUUUUGUGAAAAUCACCAGAAGAGAUGAUGGAGACGGACAAAUCUAGCCUGGCAAGCCAGACUAAAUAAAUGUAUUAUUUAUUCUGGCAGCGCUCCAUUGACGGCUCUCGGUUGUGGG